AUGCAAGGCAGUUAUAACAAUAAUGGUUUACCAAGACCAUAUUAUAUGAAACCAUCAUCAAAGAAAAAACAUUCAUCACCAUAUGAAAAUUUAAAAGAACCAAUUAUAUUUUUCAAUUCUCCAAAAAGAAAAUUAAUGGGGUAUAUUUUCAUGUUUUGUAUAUUCGGUCUCUUGAUGUAUUGGGUAUCACAAGAUUUAAAAGAAAAAUCAGAAGUAUUAUAUGAAUUAGUACCAUCAGAAGAACAAUCAUCAUCAUCAAAUAAUCUCAACAAUAAUAAUCUAAAUUCAAAUUCAAAUAACAAAUAUGAUAAAGAGAGUAGUAAUUUAAAUAAUAUAGUAAAAGGAGUAGAUAAGAAUUCAAAUAAAGAUUCAGAAAAUUUAGAUUUAGCAGGAAAUUUAGCAUUAGGUUCAAAUGGACAAAAGGGAGUAGGAAUAGUUGAAGCUCCAAAAGGUGGAAUUGCAAAUGAAGGUCAUAUUGUAGGAAAUAAUGAAGAAGAAUUAAUUGGAUCAGGAAAAUCAAAACCAAAAGCAAUGAAAGGUUAUAAAUUAGAUACUAACAAGGGAAGUAAUAUAAAUAAUGAUAUAAUAGAUGAUGAAACAGGAAAUGGAAUUGAAAUUAAUAAAGGUAAAACUCCUCAAGAAUUAGCUCAACAAAUACUUAAAGACACUCAAUAA